UUAUGUUUGCUGCCUUAAUAAAGGCUUCAUCACUGAUUUUGCACUGUCUGGACAGUACAGUGGCAAAUGUCUGACUCGACCUUUUAGAUGAGAACAUACCAUCAGGUGGCGCAAAGGGGAUUUUUAAUAUUAAAGUCAUUAAUUUAUUUACAUGGCGAAAGGGAACAAGGCGCAUCAGGUUGCGAAUGGGAAGUGGAUCACACAGUGGCAUUUAUCUGGUCCAAUUAAGCUUAGCGCGGCGAAAAUGUGCCGAUCCCAGGAUCUGUAGCGCAGCCUGAGGGGAAAUUUAACUGAUUAAUAAGGCAGACGGACAGUGAUUCCGCGAGUGUGUCCUAGUCACUGAUUCCGUCUCUCUGAAGAGCAUUGUUCGACUGCGCGACUUACUGGAUAUUCCGCCUGAAGAUGGAGUUUGGGGAAAGGAAGAGGAGAAGGAAGUCGCAGAGCUUUAAACUGGUCACGGAUGAAGAUUCCGAACCUUCGUGUAUAGUGAACUCCAGAUCCAAAGAUGCCAAUGGUGAACCUAAAGAUGCUGCUGUGCCUGAUGGUAUACGCCACUCAAAGCGUUCAUUUGUUUUAUAUAUCUGUCUGUCUAUAGAAUACAUUUUACCCAUAUGCUUUUCUCUCCAUGCAGCUUGGCUUGAGGAUGAGGGCAUGGAGAUCAAAAGGCAAAUCACUGGAAUGAUGAGGCUACUAAGCGAUAAAACUGGCAGGGUGUACCAGCGCGCUGGAACAGAGCAGGACAGCUCAAUAAAGGAGCCCGAGGAUAGGCAUCUGAGCUGGGUACAUCAGCCUGCACUUUUAUCCCAUGUGUCAGAGGACCACCAAAGUAACAACUGGAACUCUGCACGUGACCCGGGGCCUUCACCUUCAUCCAUGUCCCCCUCCAUCCCCAACGGCCCGGGCUGUGGCCAGUACAGCACCCGCUCCAGAGCCCUCCGGAUCCUCAACAACACAAAGGAUUUGGUAAAAGUGAACGAAGCUAACGACGAAAUCCCUCCUGAGGUGCAAGAAACCCCCUGCUGCAUGUGUAACUGUAAGGGCACGUUGCAGGCUAUUCUGCAGGAGCUGCGUUCGAUGAGGAGGCUGAUGCAGACUCAAAAAGCAUCCCUGGAAAGGCAGGAACAGACAACGUCCCCAUGUCAGCCUCGUCUUGGUCCAGGUCCCACUCCUCGUCGCAGGCCCCGCAAGAGGAGGCCAAUCUAUAAAGCGGCUCCACUGACUGUAUUCAGUACUAGGAAAGCUGCUCUUACGCCUCUGCAGGCGUCACAACUUAAAACUGCAUCUGCAGAAUCUGGAACAGCAAAGGAAUGUGAAAAACAGGACGCAUCAGCCAACAUUCAUCCCGUCGCUUCUGGUGUUUCUGUGCUGCCCCCUCAGAAUGAUCCAGUAACGGCCAACAACACACACAAUCCGGCACCGCGAUGUUAUCCUCCGCAGCUAAGGGAGCCACAGGCAUUAGAGUCUGAGGUGUGUCUUGCAGAAGGUUAUGAUGUGUUUAUUUCAAAGGCCCAGCUCGAUUCCAUUCUGGUCAACUAUACCCGCUCUGGCAGCCUGCUGUUCCGCAAACUGGUGUGUGCCUUCUUCGAUGAUGCCACCCUGGCUAACUCCUUGCCUAAUGGCAAAAGGAAGAGAGGUCUCAAUGAUAACCGUAAGGGCUUGGACCAGAACAUUGUGGGUGCUAUUAAAGUGUUUACAGAGAAGUACUGCACUGAACACAGGAUAGAGAAGCUGCCUGGGCCACGAGACUGGGUGCAGAUCCUACAAGAUCAGAUCAAACUUGCCAGGAGGAGGCUGAAAAGAGAUGCUGCAGAAGCAGAAGACGUCUCCUAUGGACCUUCCACAAGCUGUGAUUAUAACACACCUGCGAGUGUGGAACAGACAGUGGGGAACGUGACUGGUUGAUUCAGCGGCUGCUACAAUCGUCCUGCUGCAGAUGAUUUGUCUUCAUUAUUUCUCCUGAUGCAUUUUGCAGCUGUUAACUUCUAUGAGCCAUGGAUGAAAAGGGAAAUGACAAUAGGACCAAAUGUAUAAUGUUACCCUCUUCUGUCUCUGGCACUCAUAUGUCAUACACUGUAUAUCUGUGGUUCUUUAGGCUUUUCAUUGGGUACACAUUAAAACACCGCAAUCGGGGGAUUAGUACUGAACUAUUUGGUUAAAAAUAAAGAAGCUUCACAUUGUAGGCAGGGGUGUUAAAGGAUGCUUGCCUAGUUUCCAUGUCAUUUCUAGGAGAGGUCACAAGUCUCAAAUGAGACAAAGUACUGUAAAAGUAUAGCAUUCAUAUAUUUUGCAGAAAUUACGUCUUACAGGAAGCUGUCAAUUGUAGAUUGUGCCUUUUAAGUGACCCGUACUUCAGUGGGUGUAAUGUGCAGUGCAGCAUCCACUUCAUUUCUUAACAUUAUAUCUCACUAUGUGAUGUAUUUUUGGCAAAUGUUGCCAAUAAAAAAUAAGGGAUAUACUACAUCUAGCUAAAAAAUAAAAAAAUAAAAAAAGAAUUCUAUGAAUAUAAUUUUUUAUUAUUUGAAUCUUUAGGCUAUGCAUAAUAAUGCUAAUAUCAAUAUUGUGAUGGAGUAAUUAUUUUUGUUCAUUUCUGCUUAUUGUGCAUAUGAAAUUGAUUGUUGUCUCCACCAUUAAAUAUUUUUUCUUCA